UUAACUGAUUCUAUUUUCUCCAUUUAUGGCCCUUGUCUGCUGCAAUUUUCCAUGGACAUUUUCUCCGUUAAGUGAUGUUUAUCGCCCUUUUUUCAAUGAUUCUACUCGAGUUCCGGUACAAAUGGAGAGUGACACAGGGAGAGUGAGUGUUUCUAUUAUGGGACCCUCCAAGUCGCGCACCGCCGAGACCAUCAGAUUCUCCCUUUGCUGUCCGUUGAACGACGACCUGAAUCCUAUACUUGCUUAUCCGCCUCCAUAGUUUAUGGGUUUGGGUAUGAUUCAUUCUCUGAUGAUUAUGAACUGCUCAGGAUUUCUUAUUCAAUGAUUCAUUCUCCGAUGAUCAUAAACUUCUCUAUCUAGAUUGCUUCAAUGUAUUGUAGUGGAAAAUUAUUCUUUUGUUAAUAUAUAGUUUCAGAUUGAAGCUGAGGAGGCAAAAUAAUGGUUGAACAAUUUCAUUUUCUGCACAAAGAUGAUGGUUGUUGAGGGCAAAGCUUAGAGAGAUACCAUCUUUGGAGGGAUGUGUUCUUUUGAAAAAGCUAAGGGAUGCAUUAGAAUCUUUAAAGGGCCUUUUGCAAGGAAAACAUAAGGCGAAAUCUAUUUCUAUGGGAUCUGCCACCAUUACUGGAAAAUCAAAAAGUGAGUCUGAAGAAAAGGAGAAAAGGCCUAACAAGCAUAAGAACAGGGACAAAGAGAAGGACAAGGAGCAUAAGAAGCACAAGCAUCGUAAUAAAGACCGAAUCAACAAGACAAGGGGGAAAAAAGAAAGAAAGAAAGAUAAAAGUGGGCAUCAAGUUUCCAGUGCUGAUCAUGGCAAGAAACAACAUGAAAAGAAAAGGAAGCAUGAUGGAGAUGAAGAUCUUAUUGAUGUAUGCAAACGCGAGAUAAGUAAGCGUAGGAGCCCAAAGAUUAAUGAAUUGGGCGCAAUAAAGGUAACUGGCUAAAUGGUCACAUACGAAGAAAGCCUAAGAAGGGAGAGGACUGGUGACUAUUGCUUAUAAAUCUUGAUAGAAAUGAAGAACUACUAUAAUAUGAUAAUAUAACAACAACAACAACAAUUUAGUCCUAGCUCUUUUUUAUUAUAUGUAUUUAAAUUUUUCCGUUGUCAUUACUCAUCAUUUUGAAU